AUGCUGAUUCCAGUCCGUUGCUAUUCAUGCGGAAAAGUGGUUGGGCACCUUUACGAACUAUACCAGGAACUGCUCAACCAAGACCACACGGAAGCUGAGGCUCUGAACGCACUUCGGUUGAGCCGCAUGUGUUGCCGUCGUAUGAUUCUUUCUCAUAUUGAUCUUGCAGACGAUUUACUGCCGUACAGUGUGCCAGUGGUUGGUUCAAUGCCGCUGAUAAACCCGGUUCAAGGACCGGUGCCACGCCGGCAGUAA